GUUAAACUAGGUUGUUGAAUUGGCGACAAAGUCAGCCAUUACGAUUGCAGAACGAGCGUCGGAGUGCAUUGGAGUUUCGAGGAAGUCAUCGUCCAAGGAUUUCGUUGCUACUGGGGAUUGAUUAUUAGUUCAAAUCUGUUUAAAACCUCUUCAACAGCGUUCAGCGUAUAAUAAUUCACCGUUUUUUCGUUGUAAGUUGCAAUUUUCGGACCUUAGGCGGUUCAGUGUGUGUUAGGUGGUUAAGGAGCAGGUACAGCCGUCGUCAACACAUCAGCAGUGUAUCGUGUCAAUGACGUGACAUGAAUCAUCGCAGGUGACCACUGCAGUUGUUGCUGCUGCUCCUGGUGUUGCUGCUGCUUCUAUUCUGCUUGCUACGUUUCAUUGCCCUCUUCCACUGAUGGGCCAUUCGAUGUGGUUGGUCCUAUUUGUUCUCAGCAACAACAACCACACAACUUCUUAGCGUUCAUCGCGAAACCUUUUAGCUGCCCAAGGACUACGUCCAAGGAAGAGAAUAUUACAGUGAAGAAGAGUAUUCUGUGAGAAGAUUGAUUAGAAAUAGUCAAAAAUGAGUGUAAUAAUCAGACUACAAAAUCUUGCGUGGUCCGCAAACGCGCUGGAUAUACGCCAGUUUUUCCGAGGCUUAAGCAUUCCCGAAGGUGGGGUCCACAUCGUCGGCGGUGAAUUAGGAGAUGCUUUCAUAGCUUUCAGUACCGAUGAAGAUGCGCGUCAGGCGAUGAUGAGCGACGGUGGUAAGAUAAAAGAGAUGAAGAUAAAGCUGCUGCUGAGCUCCCGCACCGAGAUGCAAAAAGUGAUCGAGGCCGCUCGCCAGCAGACAAUAUCGUUGCAGACCUUCAUGCAGAGCACGCCGAUCGCCGUGGUCCCUGCAGUACCGGCCAAGCCCGAAAACCCGCCGAUUGAGAAGAAGGAAAAAGACAAGGAUCACAAGGACAAGGAGCGAGACCUCGAUCCCGAGUCGACGAAGGACCGGAGCAAAGAGAAGCGGGACAGAUCCCGAUCCCGGGAUAGAUCGCGGUCGCGUGACAGGGACCGGGACCGGGACAGGCGCGACAGGGACCGAGGCAGGGAUCGCCGGCGCAGGGACAGGAGCAGGUCGCGGGAUAGAGAUCGAGACCGUAGAGAUCGGAGAAGGAGGAGGGACAGAUCGCGAUCGCGGGAUCGAACGAGGUCACGUGAUCGGGACGGGAAACGAUCCUCGGGUGUGGACCGGCGCAACAAGGAUUCGAACGACGAGGAUCAGGCGAACGACGUCGUAUGCGUUGGCCAGUUUCCGAACAAGGAUAACAGCAAGACCGGCGUGCUUUCCGGACCCGCAGCGAUCUCCGCUACCGUUGGCGGUAAAAAGCCGUCGAUAGCCGAAAACGGGAUCUGGGAGGUGCCUCCUCAGGCCCACAUUCAGGCCCCCAUAUUAGCCCCCGGUAUCCUUGGCGCCGGGGUCGCCGCUCUGCCCAAUGAUCCCUCCGCCAAUCAGCGGUCCUUAUCCUUUGCCGCGGCACCGAUUCUCGCCUCCCAGCAGCAGAUCAUCCAGCCGAAUCAGUUCGGUAUUAACGGGCUGAACGGCGUCGGUAACAUGAUACAGCCACAUCCCCAGGGUAUGGGUCACUCCAUGGGCAUGGCUGGCAUGGGCCAAGGAAUCUCCCCCGGCCCCAUGCCCAGUUUGAGCCCUGCGGCGGUCGGGGUGAUCGGGGUUACCCCGAGAGGUGGCAGGGACAUGUGGUCCCAGAACGAGGCCGUUCACGGCCGGAUGGAUCAGGGCAGGUAUCCGCCUCGGGGAUCGGGCGGUAAUGGCGGGUCCUACGGACCCCAAGAGUCGAGAAUGUACAGCGGGAACGGCGGUGGGAGCCCAAAUUCGAUGCAGUAUCAACCGGGUAUGAGGCAGCCGAAUAUGCAGGGUGGCGGUGCGGGUAAUCCAUUUUUGAGCAAGAUGCAGGAACUGGAUAGUAGGCGAAACCCGAACGCGUUUCAAACGAACUCUUACGGCGGUUAUGAUAACGGCCAACAGCACGAUAGGCAGCCGCAGCAAAUGAGUGGAAGGAACAAUCGCGGGUAUCACGGAUCGGCGGAAAACGUCGUGAAACCAGCGAUAACCGGCAACUGUGUUGAGAUUCGCAAUAUGCCUUUGACAGCCGGUUACGGUGACGUCAGGCAUGCCUUUCCCGGGAUCUAUAUUAGAAAGGACGGAUUGAAGCUGAUCAACGACAAUCACGGGAAUCGCGUCGGCAUUGCUUACGUCAAGUUCGGCAAGGGGGAGGGUAAGGAUUUGGCUCUCAGCGUUCCGCGGUACGUUAGAGGAUCGGAAGUGGAGGUGCUUCCUCUGGACGAGGUGAUAUUCGACAAGGCCGUUGACUCCUACGUACCCGAGCUCAAGGAGAAGAGCAGGGAUCACGGUUUGGAGCAGAUUGGUGGUACCAAAGAAAACGACCCCAGGUCGUCGACCUGCGUUGUCGUCUCCGACCUGCCGGCAUUUGCGAAAGAAAUCGACAUAGCGAAACUGUUCCACGACUCGAAGAUAAACAAUUUGUUCAUGAUGAUGGCCAAGGAGACUUCGACCCCACAGCUCGUCGCUUACGUCCAAUUUUCACGGGUCGAAGAGGCGAAGGCCGCGAUAUCGCAACCGUUGAAAAUCGGCAUGAAACCCGUGACUGUGGCAACCGUCACGGAGGAGAAAUUCGUCCAGAUGAAACGCGAGGCGGAAAUGAACGCGACUGUUGCCCAGAACACCGAGGCCGUCACCAUGUCGGAUUGCGUGAUAAUGCGAGGAUUGCCAUUCCAGACGAUAGAUCGGGACGUGCUCGAUUUCUUCUCAGACAUCGGUAUCGUGCCGCACAGAAUUCACAUGAUGCUUAAUCAGAACGGAAAACCGGCCGGCGAGUGUUUCUGCGAGUUCGACACUACCCAGGAGGCGAUCCGAGCGACAGCUAAGAACGGUCUUCCCCUCGGCAAAAAUACACCGACCGUGGAACUCGUGUCGAGGACGACGAUGAUGGAGACCCUGGGUAUCGCCGAUUCUCAGUACCUCCAGGAUAACCAGCAUUACGGGAACGCUGCCAUGCAACAGGACCAGCGAGGCAGAUACCCAGCGUCCAUGCCGCCCCACAUGGGCAGAUACGGAAAUGCCGGUUACCCGCCUCGUGGUCCCCUGGGCAUGAUGGGGGGUAUGGGGGGAAUGCCUCGUCACAUGGGGUACGGUGGCAGGCAUCCGCCACUCGAGUACGUCGAAGGCUUCGGUAAACCCGGGUGCGUAUUGUCCCUCGAGAACGUACCCUUUAAGGCCGACAUCGACGAGAUCAUCGACUUCUUUGGUGACUUUGACGUCAAGCGUGAAAACGUCAUACGACGAUAUAACGACAAGGGGAUGCCGACCGGCGACGCUCGCGUCGCUUUUUGUUCACCGGGCGAGGCUCAACGGGCUCUCCGCGAAUUGAGGCAUUGCAAAAUGCGCGAUCGUACGAUAUUUAUGAAAAUUGCAUGAGUUUACUCAUUCGAUUAGUAUAUCUACGUAUACGUAUUACUAUCAACGGGAGAUAUGAUAAUUACUGAGUUGAAUUUGUCAAAUUCGUGUUUUCUUUUAUCUUGUCUUUUUUUUUUAUUUCAUUUUUUCAGUUAUACAUCCAUGUCAUUUUUGCAUUUUACAAUGUAGCAUUAAAUGCGAGGUAUUUAUUUGUAUACCGAAUUACAGACUGAAACACUCGAUGGAACCGUGACAUCGUAUCUAGAGAGGAUUGGCUAUAUACGAAACCCUUAUCGACGAUUAAACAACCUUUUCUUUUUGCUCUCAAUCGGCGGUAUACAUACCGUAUAGUUAAGCAAGUAAUUGAGUUGCAGAUAUGGCGUACAUGUUGUCGCCAGUUUUAAGACUGGUUUUAAUUACUUUUUAGUUGAAAUCAAUAUUGCAUAACAUAAGUAUGUGUCUAGUAUUUUUCCAAUCACUCACUUGUAAAUUAUGGAUAUAUCUUCUGAGUCAUUCAUCUCUGAAUUUGCAUUCUCGACUAUAGAUCUGAAGCAUUGAAAUUUGAUUUGUAUGACAAGUUUUACGCAUAGACACAAUCGCGACAAUUGGUAAACCGUUUUUGACAAUUCACGAAAAUUGUUGGAUGAAAUGCAACGAAUCGAAUAGCGCUGACGAGUUUAUAAAAUAUGAAAAUUAAAUACCUAUACCGUCUCUCAACAAUUAGCACUGACAUAGACUUAUUGUACAAAAUCACAGCGAUCGCGUAAAUUGAUUAUCAUGGCCUACUUUGUCGGGAAUAAAAGAAAAACAUCAGCUAAUAACACAAAUUCCGAUAACACAAAAUGUAAUAAGAAGCAUUAAAGUUCAGAAUGUAAUGGUGUCGUAUAUAGCUCUGACAAACUUGAUGCGUCAUUAUUACAAUAUAUUUAUACUUUGUACGGUUUUUUCUCCCUAAAUGAGUAAGUAAAAAAUACUCAUUCACAAAAAAGUUGAACUGUAUAAAUUUUAGAAAAAACGAGAAACGCGUUACUACCGUCGUAUCGGUAAAUCUGUUUAGCUGUAAAUAUACAUAUAAUAUAAGAAAGACUUUUUUUAGAAGUUUAAUUUAAAUAUGGUCAUUACUAGUAUGGUUGGAAACUUCAUGGGACACACGUAGACAGAGUAUUUCUUAUUCUUAAUGCGAUACGGACGCAAUGCGAAGAACUAUAAGUAUGAGAGUGUCUUUGGACGAAUGUAUGGGGGCUAAGCGUUAAACAUUGCACGCAUAGUUUUGAAUGUGAAAGUCAUAAAUCUAUUGUGUGUAUGAUAUUACUUAGGGUAUGCGGGUAUACUAUACAUAGAAUAUAUGGUACGUGUACUUGAGGUUAAAUAUGUAUAUUACAUAUUAUUAAGAUUGCAUUGUAUAUAUAUAUAGAAAUAUAUAUGAUCAUCAUAAUUAUUGCUAUUACAACUAGUAGAUAAAUUAUAAAAAAUUAGAUGCAGAGUUAAGUUGACGAUUAUUGUGCGUAUAUGAGAAGUUUAGUUUCUUCCCUAUACAUAUAAAUACAUACCUACUAUUAUGAUUAUUAUUAUAGAUUAAAACUUACUUCUGAAUACCUAUUGUAUGUAUUACCAUUGCAACUGACACGACUUCAAUAAAUUUAUAUCGAAAGUA